GCAUCUGGAUGUAAAAAAGCAAAAAAGGAAACCCAAACCACAAAAUAAACCCCUGCCCACACCUCCACCGCCCUCGAAGAACCGAAAGGUCAACCUGCUCCCGCCGUCGCCGCUGUCGAUGGGACUCGCCGACUCCUCCGAUUGGACCGUUGGCCGCUUCUUAACCCUAGCGACGACCUUCGGCGAAGAGAUCAAUGGCCAGAUCAUCAGCUACGAUCGCCCCACAAAUCUCCUCGUUCUUCAAGAGGGAAGCUCCAACGAUGGCCCUCGACGAAAAGUCCGCCUCUUGAAGGCUAAUUACAUUGAGAAGUUCACUUACCUAGGGCAGGGCGAGGAUCCUCUCGAUCUUAAUAAGUGCUAUCUUGAUCUCAAUGCUCUGCAGGCUAGAGAGGAGACUGCAGUGAGGCAAGCAGAGGUCGAGGCCGAGAGGAUUGGAGUUGGAGUUAGCAGCGAGGCCCAGAGCAUUUUUGAUGCAUUGUCCAAGACGCUUCCUGUUCGCUGGGACAAGACUGUCAUAGUUGUGAUGAAUGAAGUCCGAGUAAGCAGCCCAUAUCACCCUUCAAAUGUUAGCGGAGGAACUCCAGCUGCCAAUGACCGUGUGAAGAAAGUGCUUGAGUUUCAAAGGAAAAGGUUGCAAAUUUAAAAGAAACGACCGUUGUUCGAGAGGAGAGGUAGCAAGUUUGAGUUUCCAGUCAGCUCUGAUUAGUUUUUAUCACACGACUGCUUGCUUGAAGACCAGAAGUUGAUGCUCGUGUGUCUUGCCUUCAGAUUUAUAUUUACCAGCUUUUGACUUCAGUAUUAUUAUGAUUGUUGAGAGUAUCUGUAAGUUAUAUAGAUCCGGCGGUGAAACUGCAUAUAUCUACCGCUAUCAUUUUAUGCCUUCUCUAAAUGGAUUUCCACCAGAUGUGACCUUUCUUUAACAUUUGAACUUGAUAGCGUCAUGUUUUUUGAGAAGUAGGUGAUAAGCAUAUUUUUGGUUGGUGACUUUAAGCGCUUCUUUAUUGGAAACACUUGAUUGUUAUUAGUUUAUUGCAUAUCCCUGUAGAGGACGGUUAAAUAUCUAGUACUUAAAUUCCGAAGUGGUAAAAUUUUCAAUUA